UUCCGCGCCGGCCUGAUCUUAGUAUACCAAAACCUGAUCCUAGCCGAGGUGUGUGCCCAGGUUAUGCCAAGAGUGUGCUUGCAUGGUGCCUGAGGUAAGCAAGCAACUAAAGCUUUGGAGUAGAAACUGUGUACCCUGUACUCCGUACUCGGCGUGAACUUAUAACAACGUGGCCUUUCAUAUGGGUGGUACAGAGUACUACUCAUAAAACUUAAAGCAAGUUCUUAUAGAAUGGUCUAGGAGCAUUUAAUAACUAACCACAUAUAAACUCCACACAUGUACCAUUACUUAACCACCAUACUCAUACUCAUAUAGCAGGACAUACCUACUCUCAAUAAAUAUGGCCCAGACACCCCAACAAAAGAAAGCCAACGAAAAAUAUGCAAAACAUGAAGCUGCCAAGCAUGGUAAAGGAAAGAUAGUUGCAAAGUCAAAGCCGGCAUCUAAGUCACCAGUAUCUACUGGCUGGUUGGUCAUUUUGGCCUUUGUUGUUUGUGGUGGAAUCUUCCUGGAGAUACUGGGGAUCAUACCAAAGCUCUGGUCAGCUGUUGUGGCAAGUUUCAACCGCCUGGUGCUGUGAAUUUGACCAUUUUACA